UAAAUCACGUGGCUGACGUCAGCAUUUUUCUCACGUAUAAAGGCUUAUCCUUCGCGUCAACUUCUCCCUUACUGACGCAAAAUUGGAUUCCAAUGUCUCAUAUUUUAGAACUUGUAUUUCUAUAAACCCUUUCUCCCUGGAAAGAGAUCUCCUUCUAAAACCCUAAUCGGCCUCAGUCCCGGCCCAGCACAGAGCGAGCGAAAGGUAGACGAAGGGGAAGAAGGGGGAAACGAUGUCGUACGACGACGUGGAGAUCGAGGACAUGGAAUGGAACGAGGAGCUGAAGGCGUACACGUACCCGUGCCCGUGCGGGGACCUCUUCCAGAUCACCAAGGACGACCUCCGCCUCGGCGAGGAGAUCGCUCGCUGCCCUAGCUGUUCCCUCUACAUCACCGUCGUCUACAACCUCGAAGACUUUCUCGGAGACUCCGAUCAGAGAAACAAGAACAAUCUCCACCCGCCCAAGCAACAGCCCCUUGCCGUUGCUUAGGAAUAUUUCAGAUUUGCCUGAGCUGUGGGAGGAGAAGUGGUAGACAAAUUUGUUUCCCAACCAAGUUUUGUUAGGCCCUCGACUAGUCAUAAUGUGUGCAAGAGAUGAGUGAGCAGAUUUUUGUAUUCUACCUAUACGUAAUUCGGACUGAGAAAUUUUAUUCCAUUUAUGAAAAUUGUUGUUAUAGUCAUUAGGGAAAAGCUCUCUAUAGUUAUGAUAUCUUUUCCUGAUUAUGAUCGACACUUUUGUUAAUAAAUAUACUUAGCAGGAAUAAUAUGAGUUUUGCUUCAUUUA